UCCCCCUUUCCCUCCACUACCGCGCGGUUUUCUCCUCCCGCGGCGCAAGCGUAACCCACCCGAGCGCUAUGGCUGGCUCCUCCGCCGCCGCCCCCACCGACACCUACGACAUCCCGUGGGUGGAGAAGUACCGUCCCACCCGCGUCGCAGACGUCGUCGGCAACUCCGACGCCGUCGCCCGCCUCGAGGUCAUCGCCCGCGACGGCAACAUGCCUAACCUCAUCCUCUCCGGGCCUCCGGGGACUGGGAAGACGACAAGCAUCCUGGCGCUGGCCCACGAGAUGCUCGGGCCCAGCUACCGCGAGGCCGUGCUCGAGCUCAACGCCUCUGACGACAGGGGGCUGGAUGUGGUGCGGAACAAGAUCAAGAUGUUUGCGCAGAAGAAGGUCACAUUGCAGCCGGGGCGGCACAAGAUCGUCAUCUUGGAUGAGGCUGACAGCAUGACAUCAGGAGCACAGCAAGCACUGCGAAGAACCAUGGAGAUAUAUUCGAACACCACAAGAUUUGCGCUGGCCUGCAACACCUCAUCUAAGAUAAUCGAACCCAUUCAAAGUCGCUGUGCUAUUGUCAGGUUCUCUAGGCUCUCAGAUCAGGAGAUCCUUGGCCGCCUUAUGGUUGUGGUGGGAGCUGAGAAGGUUCCUUAUGUGCCAGAGGGGCUUGAAGCUAUCAUCUUUACUGCUGAUGGUGAUAUGAGACAAGCUUUGAAUAAUCUGCAAGCUACAUUUAGUGGGUUCCGCUUUAUUAAUCAAGAAAAUGUGUUCAAGGUUUGCGAUCAGCCGCAUCCCUUGCACGUCAAGAAUAUGGUGAAAAAUGUGCUCGAUGGGAAGUUUGACGAGGCCUGCUCUGCUCUGAAGCAGCUUUAUGAUUUGGGAUACUCUCCUACUGAUAUAAUCACUACUCUCUUCCGUGUUGUCAAGAACUAUGACAUGGCUGAAUAUCUGAAGCUGGAAAUGUUGAAGGAAACAGGAUUUGCGCACAUGAGAAUCUGUGAUGGUGUGGGUUCAUUCCUUCAGCUUUCGGGCCUACUUGCUAAGUAUGCGCUGGUGAGAGAAACAGCAAAAGCUCCAUGAGCUCGUUGUAGAUGGUAAUAGCUUUAUGUCCAGCUGCGCUGACACGGUGGCCUGGUCAUUCAGUUAACAGUGUUGCCAUACAUGGCUUUCUGAUUACAGCUCUGUCAUCGCAUCUGUCUGUAAGAUAAGUAAAACUAUGCUGUUAACUGUUUUUUAAAAAAAGUUUUAUUAAUUCUUAUC